AUGAGUGACUGGGAUGCCCGUCUCAAGGGUGAUAUUGUCGAGGGCUUGCAAUGCCUCAAGUGCGCCAUCAAGCGUGACCUGCUGUUCAAAGAACAUGGCCCUUGUUCGGCGCAAGAAGAUGAGUCAUUUUUGGAUGCGGCAGAUGACAGUGUUGACACUACUACCAAUGAUGGUGAGCUGGUAGAGGGUGACGAGCUGACGGAAGGUGGUGAGCACUCAUGGGAUGAGAUAUUGGAGGACGACGACGACAUCUAUGAGGAUUUAUCUACUAAGUCACCUGCUGCCACCACCGCCAGUAUCCAGUAA